GUAAAGUAAUGACUGUGGCAAUCAGCCUGAGGAAGCACUGCAGAAAACAGAUAUUGCAGCAUUUUUCUGCUUCCACUUGUGAGGAGGAUGUAGUAAGAGGUGGGUCUCUGCUUACUGGGAGAAAAUGGCUGCAAGGAGCCACGAACUGCACUUGGAAAAAUGAUUCUCCUUAACGUCAGGCAGGAAUUAUGAGCAGCUCCUGUUACUUGCAACAAAGGGACCAAAAAAGCUUCAGAAGGAGAAUGCUCAGCUUCAGGCUUGCCUACAUUUUCUCAUAUAACUUGUUCCAGUUCUGUGGACACACAUGGAUACUGGCUAACAGUAUAGCCAGAUUUCUUACAUUUGGACAAGAUGCCUUAGCAGACACAUUUUACUCUGUUGGCUUUGUGAUGAGUCUGUGCCAGCUGUUCUCCAUCCUGGAACUUUUCCAUAUCGCAGAUGGGAUUGAGAAAGCCAGACUGCUUCCUCGCUUCAUCCAAGUUAUGGAGAAGAACCUCCUGCUGAUCAUGGUCAUCAUGCUGGAGGAGAUCCAGAGUAAACCAGUCGUGUGUGUACUGUUCUUCUUAUGGAAUAUUCUGGACCUCCUACGAUAUCCACACGAGCUGCUGUGUGUUAUGGACACACCUUCCACUGCCAUGCUGUGGACCCGUUACACACUCUGGAUCCCCUUAUACAUCCUGUCAGUGGCCACUGAAGGUGUCACUAUAUACCAGGCCCUGCCUUAUGUUGAGUCAACAGCACCAAACUCAUGCCUGUUGAAUUCAACGGCGUCAGCGCACAUUCACCUGCCCGUCCUUCUGAUGCUCUGCCUGCCUGCUCUCACUCUCGGGGCGUUUGUAACAGUCUGGCAGCUGCUGAAGGAGAGACAACAACAAAUGGACAAAUGGAACAAGAAGAUGAAAAGAAAAUGACUGAAUGGACUGAAUGCUUUGGUGGUUUAAAUUUUUGUUGCUUUUGUUACUUUUUUUUAACUCAGAGUUUGAUGUCUCUAAGAUGUGAUCAAUAAAAUCUAAAUUACAAGA